GUCUAGUCUUGAACAUGGCUUUCUUGAUAGCGAUCGGCAUUUUUAUUAUAUUUAUAAUAUAUAUUUUGUAUAAAGAGGAUUCUAAACCGAUAUUCGGUGUAUAUUCAGUGCCUGGAAAGUGGUAUUAUUUGAAAUAUGCUGUGUUUUCGUGCUUGUAUUAUUUUAGAAAAUAUGCGAAUAAAUACAAGGCCGCAGGUCGUGAUGGGCGAGCGGGGCAGGGCGUCAAAGCUAUAGCAAAUCCGGCUGAAAUGGACCGCGCUCAACCUCUAAGCGACCACGCUAAGGCAUUCGACGCUGUGUUCUUUAUCUCGUCAAGGAAAGAUGACUCGGAAAAAGGCAUCUAUGUUGUAAUGGGAUGUGAGCGGCGACCGAUGGGCAUGUGUAACGGAUUAUUUUAUAUUGGGCUUCCAGAGAAAGGUCUACUUUGUAGUAAGAAGAUUCCUGACACGGUCUUAUUUGGUGCUGAAAUUGGUGAAUUUGGCGCAGAAGGAAUUAAGAUAAUUCCAGUGGAGCCUAUGAAGAAAUGGACACUCUCAUACAAAGGGCCUAUGUGGUACCAAAAUGACCCGGAGAAAGUGGUAGACGUGGAAUUCACAGGCGAAUGGUCAGCUACCAGCAAGCACUUUGACUACGAUACCGACUUACAUCCUCCUGCUGUCAUCAGAUCUAUAGCUAGAGAGAAAUGGAGUAAGGAGUACUUCCAAGGACUGAAAACGGCUCAUCAAUCACACUACGAACAGUUCGGGACUCUAAAGUGCAAAUUCAGCAUUGAGAAUGAAAAUUUUGAACUGACGCUUCCAUCCUUCCGGGAUCACAGCUUUGGUCACACCCGCGACUGGUCGCUUAUGCACAGAUACGCUUUCCACCACAUUUUCCUACAAAACGGUGUGAGUCUCAGUGUGGGCGUGAUCUGUCAACCUUGCACUGCGUCCAGAUUUGAAGCCGGUGUAGUGGCAAUGCCAAACGGUGACGUCCAUCCGAUAGAAUGGGUGGAUUUAGAAUUAUAUCAACAUGGCGAAAGUGGCAUCGCACCAAAGGACUACGCUUUCACGUGCAAGGCGGGAGAAAAAGAGUAUACUGUUCAGGUCCUAGUAGAAUACGAAUCAAUCCAUUACGUAUCUGAAGAAUGGGAAGCUCGUAUGGUGGAGAGGUUCUGCAAGUUCGUGGUCAAUGGUACACCAGGCCGUGGGGUAUCAGAGUUCCACUAUCGCUAUAAAGACGGCCGUCCAGAGUCCGUGGCCAAAACCGAUCCCGAGUGGUAUAGGAAAAUGUGCCAUAAGAUCUGAAAUGCAGCAUUGAUUUCAACUGAUAUACUGAAUGUAGUAAACCUUUUGUAUAAAUCGUGUUUUUUGUUUAUCAACAUUUUUAUUUUAUCUAAUUCGCCAUAAAAUAUGAGAAAUCUUUUGAAUCUGUGCGACCGAAUUUGAGGAAUCAGCUAUUAACAGAAUUGCUAUAGAA